AAAACAAUAAACUUUCCAAAGAAAUUUCCUCGAGCUUAGGAAUUUUUUGGAAAUUUCUGAUAACUGUAUAUGAAUGCAUCAUUAUACAUGCAUAUGCAUGCAAACAUUGGACAUGACCAUCAUGUUCCAUAAAUUGUACCAACAAGGUCCUAACAAUAUUGUGCCAUUCUUCUCCCACCAUUCUGCAGCACAACAAAUUAAACCUGAAAAAUAAAAUAUAAAAAAAAAAGAAAAAAAAAAAAAAGAAAGAAGGAGGAAGAGGAAAAUAUUUCUGAAAAAUGCAGAAUCCAACCUCUUCUGCUGAUGGAAGGCAGAACAGGUUGCAAUAAAAAAGAUCAUAACUUGUAUUCAAAGAAGAGUAGCAGAAUCAUCAUAUAAAGUAUACAAUUUCGAUUGGUGCCAAGGUACGAUGGUGAGGAAGAUGAAUCAAGAUCGGUUGGAACCUUGUCAUGACUCUCUUAAAGUACCAAGAUUACCUUUUAUACCAGAAAAACUUGGAGACAUGAUUUCAAUCUCAAUAAGGGUUGGCAUAGUUAUAUGCCUUAUUGCAUUCAUUUCACUUGCUCUCCAUUCAUCAUUCACUAAGCCGGACAGAUGGUUUCCAUUACCGGAGCAUUUACAUGUUGUACAAAAUGUUUCUGCUAUUGACAUUGACAAUAGUGUACCAACAAACAUCACUCAUAUUGUAUUCGGCAUUGCUGGUUCGGCAAACACGUGGCAUGACCGAAGCAACUACGGCAAGCUUUGGUGGAAUCCAAACACUUGUAGAGGUUUUGUUUGGCUUGACAAGAGACCAAAUAUUUUGCAGCGUGAUGACAUGUUAAUUCCAUAUAAAAUCUCACAUGGCUGGACUCAGUUCAAGCACUUGCACUCUGCGUCCGCGGUUCGGAUAGCUCGGAUAGUUUAUGAGAGCUUUAGACUUGGUUUGCCAAAUGUUAGGUGGUUUGUAAUGGGAGAUGAUGAUACAGUGUUUUUCACCGAGAAUUUAGUAAAUGUUUUGGGAAAAUAUGAUCACAGUCAAUUGUAUUAUAUUGGUGGGAAUUCUGAGAGUGUUGAACAAGAUUUGAUGCAUUCUUAUGAUAUGGCUUUUGGUGGUGGGGGAUUUGCAAUUAGUUAUGCAUUAGCAGCUAGACUAGCCAAAAUAAUGGAUUCUUGUCUUCAUAGAUACUUUUAUUUUUAUGGUUCUGAUCAAAGAGUUUGGGCCUGUGUAAAUGAAUUAGGAGUACCUCUUACCAGAGAAAGCGGAUUUCAUCAGCUUGACAUACAUGGGAAUCCAUAUGGUCUUUUAGCUGCACACCCUAUGGCACCACUUGUGUCACUCCAUCACCUUGAUCAAUUGAACUCGUUGUUUCCGGACCACAGUCAAAUGCAUUCGUUGCGAAAGCUCAUCAGUGCAUACCACCUUGACCCUGCCAGAAUUGUGCAGCAAAGUAUUUGUUAUGAUCAUCUGCGUAAAUGGUCGAUAUCUAUUUCGUGGGGUUACACAAUACAAAUCUAUACAUCAUUGUUGAUAACAGCGGAUUUGCAGAUGCCAUUGCAGACGUUUCAAACGUGGAGAAGUUCGAGUGAUGGUCCUUUCACAUUUAAUACUCGACCGAUGAACUCUGACUUAUGCCAGCAGCCGACUAUAUUUUUUCUGGACCAGGUUAGAAAGGUGAGCACUGGAAGUGUUACUACCUAUAAGAGAUAUGUAGACAAGGAAGAGAAGACAUGCAAGAGAGCAGAUGGAGAAGUGCAGAUAAUUAAAGUUUCUGCCUUGAUGCUUGAUCCAGGAUAUUGGAAAAAUGUACCGCAUCGGCAAUGCUGUCAACUUAUGGAUGGUGGAAGCAUAAAGGAUGGCAGUGUGCAUAUUAGAAUUAGGAAGUGCAGAGCUCAAGAAACAAUUACUAUUUAGAGAUCAGUUAUACUUGUAUAUUACUGUAAAAGUUAAGUUAGUCUUGUAGGUUUGGACACUAACAUUUUUACAUAUGUACAAAUAUAAUUGUCAAAUCUCAAAUUAUCUAUAUAACCUCAACUUUUAAUAAAUAAAUGUCCUAGAAAGUUUUUCACUUUUA